UUUUUUUUCAUUGAGAAUAUAAUGUGCGAACUUCAUUUUUAAUUUCAGUUUGAUUUUCACGCAGUUUCUUGCGGUCGAUAGCUGCAAAAAAUUAUUGUUUAAAAAAUUUGUUGAACUUAAAUCGAAUAAAAAUGGUUCACAGGUCAUUUCUUGUACUUGCCAUAACCCUCAUCUCAGCACACUUGUCACAACAACAACAAAACCUUUGUGGAACUGACGGAACAAGAAUUUGGGUUGAUGAUCCAUCCAGCUGUAAUGCCUACUUAUGGUGCAACUGGGAUAGGACAGUAACUCCACCAACCUUAACAUCAGUUCAUCAACUCGAUUGUCGUGCUCAAGGAUCAACAUUCUUCCGACCAGAUCCAACUGGAACUUCAGGAGUGUGUACAGACAGUUUCCCUGAAUGUUCAGCAACAUCAAUGUGCCCACCUGCUGGUACAGAUGAAAUCAUGAUCGCAAAUCCAGAUGAUGCAACUUGCCGCGAACAUCGUCCAUGCCGCUCAGUAUCAUCACCAUUCAGUUCAUGUCGUGAACCACUCGUGUUUAAUCGUAAUACAGGAACAUGUGACUUUGCAGACAGGGCACCAUGCAAUCCAUUUGGAUCUGCACCAGCUGGAUGUCCAGUAGGUGCUAAUGGUAACUACCCAGGCGAGACAUGCUAUAGCUUUAUCUUGUGUGAAAAUGGUGCAAUUACUGGAAGAUUUAAUUGUGGAACUGGAUUGUUAUUCGAUCAAACUGAGCGACAAUGUAUUCCAGAUUCUGAUCCACCAGCAUGCAUACGUACAUUUGAAAUUCAAAGAGUUAAGACAGUCAACGCACUUUCUGGAUUUUAUAGAUUUUUGAGAGCUGUACAUCUCAACUAAUAUGCAAAUUUAAUGACGAAUACUUUGUAAAAUUUUUAAAUAAAUUUUUAGGAAAAUUUUAAUGCUUUCCUGGAUUAUGGCACAAAAGAUAUUU